UGCAAAAACAACAACACUUGUGCUUUGCAAUUGUUUAUUUCGCAGCAAACAAUAGAAAACGUCGGACGCGUUUACACACACAAGCAUAAUCUCAUAUACAAGUAAAAGAGUGGAAUCAACAAAAUCAAAGUUGCUAAAAUUUGUUAAAACCAGCAGCAAAACCUAACGAGCCGUAAAAAUGGCGUAUUGAAGUAAAUUGUUCUUGCUGUUCCUCCGUGAAUAUUAGGUUUUUCUUGCUGGCGCUCUCCUUCGAUCGCCGCGUUCAGUUUGGUCCCAUCGCUCCAAGCGUCCACAACGUUGCCCGAUGCCCGAGGAGUCGCUGGCCAGCCGAAGCAGACUCUUCGACGUUGCCUGUUGGGAGGCGAGACUAUCUGUGAUUCUCCACGGUCGCGAUGGAGGUGAAGGAGGAGCAGCUGCUGCUGCUGGAUACCCUGAUUGGACUGUGGAGCCAGUAUCUGCAGGCCUCGGAGCUCGAAGAUGCGAGUGUCAAGGAGCACUGGCUCUGGCUGCUGCUCUAUAAUUUCCAGUUUCUGGACGAUAAGACCCUGGAAGAGGCCUGGCUCAAUAGCCACUUUAAUCUGAUGCCCGAGGAGCUGUGUUCCUAUUUGUUGGAGCAGGUCUAUCAAAUCAUCAGCGAGGCGAAGCGAUCUCAGGGAAGCAGCCCGGAGCAGGAACCGGAGCAGCAGGACAAGUGCAUUAAGCAGCUGCGCAAGCAGCAUAAUCUAGCCCAGCUCAUACUCAGCACUCCCAGUGAUUGCAAUAAGAUUCUCGCCCUGCGGACAUUUCUCACCGAUAAGUUGGGCCAUCACUUAUUGGCCUUUCUGCUUCGCGUGGAUAUCAAGCACAUUGCUUCCCAGAAGAGCCUGUGCCAGCUGUGCAUCAACCUGUUCCCCAACUGCAAGUGGAGCCCGUCCAACGAGCCGCUGCUCCCCAUGACCAGCAUUCCCCAGUUUAUCGGCAGCUUCUACCUCAAUUCGCAAAGCAAAAAGCUGCGACGCCAGCAGCCGCAAAGGAGUCAAUUACCCAAUCACCUAACCAAUGCAAUCGCCUCGACCUUCGAGGACUUUAAGGGGACAACGAAAAGCAGCGAUGACCUCGCUCUCUUGCUCAUCCAACUACUCACCCGCUGCGUGGAUGCCGAACAGGAAUCCCAGUUGAGCGUCACAGUUCACAACUUUGCACUGGGACACUUGUGCUCCAGUUUGGAGCAGGAAUCACCAGACGACAACGACGAGAUCAUCAAGUUUGAACUCCUGCAGUUAAUAGCGCACUGUGUGAACAACUUUUACAUCCUGGAGCAGCAGCAACCAAAUGUCCACGAUUUCAACAGCAAUUUCGGGCAACUUCUGUAUGCCCUGACUGCCAAUCGGAGGAGUCCUCUUCUGGCCCAUGGAGUACUGUUCAUCAUGUUUGGAACUCUUCACAAUCUGGUGGAUAAUGGAGUGAAGGAGCUGAACCAGAUCGACGUGAAGAACUUUGAUGCCUGCUUUGAGGUUCUGCAAGAGGCAGCCAAAUCUACCAACUACGCUACUCCCAUUUUCCUGCAUAUAUACAAGAUGUUGCUGCGCCUGACGGACAACCUUUCGCGGCAGGAGCAGCAUCUUCAGAGCCUAAUGGAGAGCAGCGCUUCAACGGCUCUGCCAAAACAGCAGCAACAUCCGCGGCACAAAAGACAGAGGAGCAGCCAACUUCAUUGCCUGGGAGCCAACUCUCUCAGCUGCUAUUUUCAGGGAAAACUGUAUCACCUGCUGCCCAGCCUGGAGGCAGAGCUCCAGGAGCACAGUGUGCGGAGUCUUCUGCGAACGGGGAGCUGUUGCUGCCACUACAAUGCCAGGAAUUACGCCACCUGCCUGAAACUGGCCACUCAACUAAGCAGCAGCUACCAAAAGUGUGCCUAUAAGUUUCUACACUACAACGUUCUCCACACGAUCUUUGUGAAGCGGAAUCCCCAGGGUUGUCCAGGAUGCGAGGAUAAACUGAAGUCGCCAGUUUUUCACAUGAACCUGAGAAACAUCUACAAGGAGAACUACAAAGCCCUGCUGAACACGCCCGCCAUUUUGCUGUUCCUGAAGCACUUGAAACAUAUCGCCUACUUGCUAUCCUACGAUUUGGCCUCUGGUAUCCUGGCAGAGGUGGCUCUACCCAUUUUCAGGCACUACAAGGAGCUCAUUCAGAAUGGGGAAACCGAAAGGAGGAACAGCAAACUAGCCCCACUUCAAACGCCGAGCAAACUGGAGAACUACAGAGCUCUGCACGAAUGCCUAAGCAUAUUUGUAAUGUACUUAAGUGACAUUCGGUUGGUAAAAGCCUUCUACAACGAGGAGAACAUUCGCUACAUGCAGGAUUUACUGGCCAUACCCGAACUUCAGCGAGGAGUGUGUGAUCUCAUCAAGGUCGGAAUCGACAACAUAGCCUUCCUGGGCGAAAACAGCCAGGAGCAGAGCACCUUGAGCAGGAGACUCAUCCAACUGCAGCUGAACAGCAGCGACAGGGCAUCCCAGCUCUUUCAGGCCCUGCUGCACAAGUGUUCCAAGAACGCCGGCAGUAAGUUCUGGCUGGACGAGGGACCCAAUCCUGCCAAGCUUGAAGGACACAAGCCAGCAGAUAUCCUCUACAUCACGGCACUGCAAUGGACCCUAAACUAUGAGUUGCUCAAGACAAGUCAGUUGUUCUACAACGAAUUCGCCAAAAUCUACUCGAUACCCGUGGAAAUGCUGGACAACGAGGACGAGGAAGUGGAGACGCCGACGGGAGAGCAGCCUCCAGAGGAGAAGAAACUGCGGCAUGGUGACAAAAAUAUCGUAGACAUCUUGAAGCUGAACUACAAUGCUCUUAGCUGUUUCCUCAUGCUGCCGAAAGCCACAAUGGGGGCAACCGCAUCGCCCACCGCAGCCACGCCCACCUCUGGCAUCUGCGGCUCAAGUUCAUUGGAAACCCUGGUCUCCCAGCUUCCACUCGGUGGCUCCACCUCAGUCUCGGUCACAACGGCUGCCAGUUCGGACUACGCGGACUCCACCUUGGACUACGCAUCAGUGAUUGAUAACUACGAGAACUACUCGCGGGACAUGGCCGCUCCUUCGUUCCUGAAGCAACUGCUCGCCUGCGAGCCGGAUGAGAGCAUAGUGCUCUUCGACAUCCGUGGCAGUCAGCCAGGCGCGGAUUGUCCUGCCAACUCCCUGGUUCUGCCGAACGAAGAGGAAGUGGCGGCUGCCAAUGGAAUAAUCAACAAGCUGUUCAGCAUUGUGGGUUCCCUCUUUGGCGGAAGUCCAGGGAGCGCUGAAAGCGGAAACUCUCCUACGAGUGCUAAUAUUGAUGCGGAUUUGUUCUGCCUGUACGAGCCCAACGGGGAAUGCAAGAAGCUCUUGCUCAAACUCUUCGAGGCGACCAUGGCAAUCUGCAUCAAGGGUUUUCAAAACGAAGAAGUGGAGAAGAUGCAGAAGCACCUGCGCAAGCUGCGAGCGAUUAUUCUGAGCCAUGCCACGGACAAUUGGACGGACCACGGGGACCAGCACGCCCGGGACAAUGCGGUGAUCCAGACCCUGCAGACCCUGCUGAAGAUCGCCGAGCUGUCGAGCACCCAUCAGGAGCCGGCGGGCGUGGUCAGCAGUCCGUCGGGGGAUUCGCAGCAGCCGAGACCACGUGCCAGAUCUUUCAACAGCGGCAGCGUGGAGCUGCCCAGACUGCAGCCGGUUAAGCUGCCGGCCAAGAACUCACUGGCCACCCCGCCGACGCCCCGAAGGAAACCCAAUUCCAGCGAGGUCAACGUGGGUGUGGGCGUGGGUGUGGAUGCGGACUACUUCUCCACGCGAGCCUCCUUGAGUUGCGCCGCCGACAGCGAACUGGAACUGAGCGAAAACGAGCACGAGUUCUACCUCACCGCCGACGAGGGCUACGAGGCGGAUGGCGAAAUCGCGGACCUCAGCGAAUCCGAGUGUGAACUCAAUGGCGGAGGAAUGGCGGCCAACGAGUCGUGGACCCCGUUCCAGCCAUCCUCCCGGUACAGAACCCACAUAAUGCACCAGGGCCUCAGCCAGCUGGUGGUGCAAAUGCUGGCCGAACUGUCGCUUCUCUGCAUCAAGCAGCCGAAUGGCUGGACAGAGAGCCUAACCCAGCUGGCCAAUCGAUUGUUUGUCAUCAGGGACUAUCUUGGAGGACCCCUUUGCCUGCUCAAGGGGUUCGCUCCGAUUCUCAGCUGCAGCGAUCCCAGAUUGAGAGAACUGCAGCAAUCUAUUCUGGAAUUGGUUACCCAUCUCAACACCCCGGAGGUGCUGCAAUGUUUCUACUCUAUCCUGGCCUCCAGGCAACCUCCCGUGGAUCUCUUGAUGCGUCACAUGCACCACAUCUCCUCGGGUUCGCUCCGCAAGGCGCAACCCUGCAUGGAACUGGAUUUCCCGAUCACAACUGAUGGCAAGAUAGUGAUUACAUCGGAGCCACUGAUCAGCGAGCAGAUCGAGAGGAUUCGACUGCACCACCAGCAAUGUCAGUCCAGUACUUUGUUCACCCGAGCUGCCUGCAUUUUUCCUGUUACCCAGACUCGCCUCUGGCAGCCAGAUGGCUUGACCUUGUCGCUCUGGCUGGAGUUGAGGGGUCAGCAGAUGCAUCGCAGCUCCAUGCAGUUCAACGAUGACGAGACGCGCUAUUCUGGAGAGGAUUUGACAAAACUUCACCUGCUUUCUCUGGGAACCAACCAAGCCAUGAUCAGCAUUUACAUCAGCCACAACAUGCAGCUAAUCUUCGAGUUGGUCAAGCCGAAUGAACAACUGGCUCCAGUUCGAAUGGAGGAGCAUCUGGAGGCCAACGCGGACACGGCAUCCGUGAUCUCGGCCAACACCCAGGCAGCCAAUGGGGGCACCAUUCGGCAGGCUCUCAAACAGACAAAGUUGGCGCUGCUCAACAGUUUCGGACAGAUGCACCUGCUCAAUGGGCACCAAUCCUCGCCGGACUCCUCUGGCGGUUACUUCGAGGGCUCCGCCGUGCAGCUGCAGCACUUGAGAUUGCCGCGCCACAAGUGGAUGCACUUGGUGUUCGGUUUGCAGCAGCAGGGAGACGCCGUGCAGAUCAGCAUAUUUCUGGAUGGCCUGGAACAGCACACCAUGCGAUUGCCGUUCCACAAUCUCCGCCAGCUCACCAGGGUGCACAGUUUCCAGCUGCUCGCCUUGGGCGAAGGACAACCGACAAGGAGUCCCGGUAGCAGCUCCUCCUCGCGAUCCACUCUGGAUGGUUCCACUCCCCGUUAUGCUCUUUCGAAUGUGAUCCUCUUCAGGCGACGAUUGUUCGAUCCCCUGCUCAUGAUGAAUCUCACGGCCAUGGGACCCGAUUUCACCGAGUACACCCAGUGCCAAGUGGCCAACUGGAAGCCCAACUACGGUUUCGUGAGUCUGGGCAAGCUGGCAUCCUCGAAUUUCGGCAACCAUCUGGACUGCAUGCGGAUUUUAAGACAGGCGAGGGUUCUGGUUUACACCGCCCAGCAACCGGAUCUUGUGAUGAGCUACGAUGCGAGCCAGGAACUGGAUAUGGCCUGCUAUGGACAGCCACACGGACACAUGCUCUAUGGGGAGCUGCAGCAGCACCAGCCACAGACCCUCCAGUCAGCCACGUCCCUCAGCGGAGGUCUGUCCACGCUUCUCUAUCUUUUUGCCAGGGUUGUGGAGCUGACUGGCAAUGCGAAUACGCAAGCCCUGGCUUUGGAUCUACUGCUCCAGGUGGCCCACUCCGAUACCCAGCUGUACACAGAGUUCCAGCGUCAGGAUUACCUGGCCUUAAUCGGCUACGUAAUCAAGUCGGAGAAGUGCUGCAAGGAUGUGCAGCUACUGCGCAGCAUUGUGAACAACGCCUGCUCCCAGGUGCUGAUCAGCAGGAAAGGGGAUUCCCUGAAUGUGAACGACAACACGAUGGCCACUCUGGUCUAUCCACGCCUGCUGCUCGCCGUACUGCAGCGCUACUCCGACUGGCAUCGCUCGGGAGCCACCCACUCCGACGUUCUGGACAUGCUCUUCCGCUGCAUUUUGGCUCUCACAAGGGACAAGCAUCCGCAGAGGGACUUCAAUAUGGAGCAACUCCAGAAAUCCGGCUUGCUGGGAGCGCUCCUCAAUCUCUGCAAGGUCUAUGUGAUCGAGUCGCCCAGUCCGGUUCAGAUUUCGCCCUAUGCCGCCGAGUGCUUUGUCCAGAUUCUGGCAGUGUUCGCUGGCUCGCCUCCGGACUCCUCUAUGCUGGAUGAGAUCAUGAAGCUGCUUCUGCUCCUCCACAAGCCCAGUGACUGCUAUGUGACCCACGAUCGCAUGCACUUCUACUUCCUGCUGACUGCGCAGCAACCGGCCAAGGAACGAUCCCUGGUGGCCGCCAACUUAAGCAGAGUGACCACUUCUCUGCGCCGGCAAUUGCAUCCCCAGCCGCAGGAAUUGGAUCCCGAGCGAGCGGAGAGAAUCAAGAAGUUGCGACGCCUGCAUGCCAGUGCCUCCGGUUAUCGGAAAGCCGUCAACGAGUUCGAGGAGCAACUGGAGCAGAUGGCCGACUGCUCGAAUCUCAACAAGACCGCCUUGCGAUUGCUGAGUCCCGUGGAAGCCACCCGCUGGCGUUUAAAGUUCAAGCGUCGCCAUCCCACGAGUGCCGGUAGUCCAAAGAGGAGCCCACUGAAAAUCGCCCGACGGCGUAUCCAUCCGCACCUGCAUCUCGGCAAGAUGUGGCAGCCAUCGGGUCACAGCACACCCAGUUCGGGUCAGUCAUCGCUGCCGAAUAGAAAGACCGAUUUCUACGACCAGCAGGGCAUUAUCCGACUGCAGCAGCGCCUGCUCAUCCUUCUGAAGGACUUCCUCUGCCUGCUGCCGGAUUCCUCGGUGGAUGUGGUCACCAGACAUUAUGUGAAACUGGAAUUGCUCCUAGUGCUGGCAAAUCAACGCAGCUGCGCUGUUCGCCAGGCGGUCAUCCAGCUACUGGAUGUGCUGACAAAGCGUUUGCCCAGCGGAGAAUUAAAUGCCGCCACUAAGUUGAUAUAUCCCCUCCACUUGGCCAAUCAGUUGACCAUCCACGGUUGUGAUUUGGGAAUGUUCGAGGCGUGUCUGGCUUGGGUUAGUGGAAUGCCUGGCACUCUUUCGGAUGUACUCAACUGCGAGGCACCUCUAAGGAUUCGUCAGCGCUUUGGCUUGCAAUCCUUACUAGCGAUUGCCCAGGGAGCAGAUCCUCAAAGGGUGUUUAAGGGACUUCUGCGUCUCUAUCUUCAGAAUCCCGACGAUCAAACAAGUUUGAUUGAAGCAGGACUGCUGCAGUGUUCGGUGAAAGCGCUCUACAGGAUUUACUCCUUAUGCCUGGGUCAACCCAAUGCAGAUGAAUCCAUUUUGGAACUGCUUUCGAAUAUUGGAGAGCGGGCCUUGCGCUCCGUUGGGCAGAUAAAUCUGGUGUGGGACAUCCUCAACCUGCUUUCCUUCUACCAGGAUAAGCAACCCCAGCUAAUUAUGCGCAGUUUCCGCACAGCCCAGGCUCAACUUCAGUUGGAGUGGCUCACCAAGUUCUUUGAGCCCAAUAGCUUCCGAAUAGCCAUGACCAACGAUUCCGCUCUGAAUCAAACUGAACUACGCACCCGAGUGGAGUUGCUCAUCGAUCGGUGCACCCAGUUCUUCACUGUCGGCGUGGGCCAGACCACCGGCAGCAACUAUGUGGCCAGUUCGCAGGAGCUAGCUCUGUUCCAGCUGCUCGUUUCGUAUGGAAUCUCCAGCAAUCAACGCUGCAACAACUUCAUUGCUUGGGGUCUGCAACCUUCGCGUCCACGGGAUCUACGCUCCUACAUUGUGGAUGCCCUUUGGCGAUCCCAGCAGAACGAGUUCCAGCGGGCUAUUAUCUGUGAUGGCAAGAUGAUCAAGGCCUUGUUGUGGCUUUCGCUGCUCGAGGACAUGGCCGAGCCCAUAGAAAAUCUCCAAAGACUCUGCGAUGCCUUGGGCAUCAAGGAGAAUGAUUCCUCGUGGAACUUGGUCCAUGAGUUGGAUCGCCUGGACCAGAACCGCAAUAAUAUGGCGGCCAAACAGAAGACUCUGCUAGAGAAAACUGUCUACAGAUUUGAGCCACUCGUUCAGCACUGCAUAGAGUCGUCCAUGGUGACCACGAGAAAGGUGGCUGAACUGCAGAAUUCAGAGCGCAAGGCUUUGAUGUGCCACAUGAAGGUCUACGAUGAUACCUACACCUACACCAAGUGGCUGGAGAUCAUUCGCCGCAUGACGCACGAGGGCGCUCCCUGGCACUCCGCAGAAAGAGCGGAAUGCUCCUGGGAGCUGGAUGACACGGAAGGACCGUCCCGAGUUCACACUCGCUUGCGUCGCUGCCACCUGGACAUCGAUCGCCGCUUCUUUAUGAACGAAUACAGACCGGGACAGGGACAACGCGAGGAUCUGGAGCCAUAUGUUCGUCCGUUGGAUUACCUGAUAUCCAGCUACGAUCAGCAGCUUAACAUAUCGCUCAACUCGCAAAUCCUGUACAACUUUGCGGCCAAAUUCCUGCCCGUGGACGGGGAGAUCGAGGGCGAGAUCAUUAUCACCGAUCUGAAGCUCUACUUCCUGGCCACGUACCGCUGUCGGUACUUCAACGUGAACUGUGAUAUCGCCAACAUAACGGAGAUCUGGCUGAAGCGCUACCAGCAUCAGGAGACGGCCUUCGAGAUUCUCCUGGACACGAACAAGUCGCUGUUCUUCUCGCUGCAGAACGCCGACGACUGGAAGAUCAUGCGCGAGGUAUUCUGUGAUAAGAUUGUGGCCACGCCCGAUCAGGCCAAGGUGCUGGCCAUCACCCAGCAGUGGCGCGAGGGUCUGCUCACCAACUGGGAGUACCUGAUGACCCUGAACCAAAUCGCCGGACGGACCUACAACGAUCUCAUGCAGUACCCGGUGUUUCCCUGGGUGCUGGCCAACUACAGCUCGGAGAUUUUGGAUCUGCGGGAGGGACACAACUUCAGGCGACUCGGACGCCCCAUUGCCGUGCAGCUGGAGGAGAACGAGAAGCACUACAUCAGCAACUAUACGUACAUCGACAGUACCAACACCACCAUGGGAUCCCUGAUCCUCAAGCCCUAUCACUACAGCUCCCAUUACUCGAACUCAGGGACAGUGCUUCACUUCCUGGUGAGGGUUCCACCGUUCACAAGCUAUUUUCUUCGCUACCAGGACAACGACUUCGACCUACCGGAUCGCACGUUCCACGCUUUAAACACCACUUGGCUGUUGGCCAGCCAGGAUAGUCCCACGGAUGUAAAGGAGCUCAUUCCGGAGUUCUUCUGCCUGCCAGAGAUGUUCGAGAACUUUGAGCGCUUUAAGUUCGGCUGCCGACAGAAUGGGGAACGCGUAGAGGAUGUCUCACUGCCGCCUUGGUGUCAGCGGGACUCCCGGCUCUUUGUUUUGAUCCACCGACAGGCUUUGGAAUCGGAAAUGGUUAGGAAUCAGAUCCACAAUUGGAUAGACCUCAUCUAUGGAUACAAACAAAGCGGAGAGAGCGCUGUCGAGGCCAUCAACGUAUUUCAUCCAGCGACCUAUGCCGUAUUCCUGGAGUCAGAAAUCAGCGAUCCCAUCGAAAGAGAAGCCGUCAAGACAAUGGUGAAAACCUAUGGCCAGAUGCCCAGGCAGCUUUUCAAGUCACCACAUCCGGCGACCAAGGCGCUGGACUACUCUCUGGUGGACAAGCCAAUAGUGUCCACUGUUCGUGGUCUGCGCUGGGGCGUCUAUGUGGGAUCGCCGCAGCUGAAACCUCCCUCCUGGGCAAACAUCCACAAGAUACCCGGCACCGAGCAUCUGGUGAGCUUCAGCAACACCAAUGUGGUGUAUGCUCUUCCUGGAAAAGCGAGUGUAAUGCAGGGAGCUGAGCCGGAUACGUACAACGUGAUCUCAUGGGGCUACGACGAUCGGAUCGUGAGGAUUCAGCCACUCAACAAGCCCCAGGCCAAGCCAAAGAACCUGCUGCACAACGGAACCUUCGACGACAUCACCGCCUGCGGAUGCGACGUGAACUCCAAUCAGCUUUGGUUUGGCCACAAAUCCGGACGAGUGAGUGUGUACAAGUGUACCGGGGGAUUGGAUUCCCAGCAGCGAGCCUCAGCAAAGAGCAGGCAGAGUUAUGCCCGUGGUUUUAGUUUGUCCUACAACUCUGCCUUCCGGAAAAUGACGAGCAAAGGAAUGGGCGGCGGAUCGGAGAGGGUUGAUGAGGCGGGGAAUCUCCACACAACCCAUUCUGCCUCUUCAGUUAACUCGGCUAGUAAUUCCUCCGGCCUCGAUGGAUUCCAGCGCGAUGGAGCCGAUCUCAGUUGGCUGGGACCCACGUUGCUGGUGCGGCACACCGAUGAGAUUACCUGCAUUUCCCUGUCCGUGGAAUUUAAGAUUGCAGUGACUGCGGGACGCGACGGCAUAGCUGUUAUUUGGGAUUUGAAUGACUGGAGCUAUGUGCGAACUAUUGCUCGUCCGGCGGAGAUCCAUCAAUCUCCCAUUACGCAUGUGGCGAUCAGUCCAACGCUGGGAGACAUUGUCACUGUGCACACUCUGCCCCAACCUUCAACUGCCACAUCGGAAGCAAAACCUCCGACUGCUGCAACCAGGCCCAAUUCCCUCAACAUUGCCGACGAAUGCUUCGAAGUGACCGAGGAGAACCUGGACGACUUUGUGAAUGUCAAUGUUAAUCCCAACGGCAAGUCUAUUCUGCGCCUGCACUCGGUUAACGCGCGGUAUGUGCAGCAUCUGGUUCACGAAGAUCGCAUCCUGGCCGUUUGCUACUCGUACAUCAAGGAAGGAGUGGGAGUGAAUGUGAUAGCCACCGCAGUGGAAGGGGGAUUCGUGCGCUUCUGGUCCAGCUGGAAUCUGAGCUUCGUCAGUGAACUAACUACGGGUACCUCGCCCAUUCGCAGCAUCAGCUAUUCAACCCAUCAGCAUUUGGUGGUGCUAACGCGAGAGUCUCACAUCCAAGUUUGGGAGUCCGAGGGCCUCUACGGAAACGCCCCAAAGUUCCCGCAAAUCGUCUACAAAUAAGUUUAAUGGGAAUGGGAUCAGAUCGAGAACUCAACAUACUCAAUAACUCAACUCAAAGCAUAUCAAUGACAGACACAUAAAAUAAUUUUAAAGCAGCGAAAUCAAAGAACAAAUUUAUGGUUGGUCAACGGAAAUGUUUGCUUCUAAAAGACAUCAAAUUAUUGUAUUCCUUUGCGACCACCACUAAAAUGAUAUAUCAGAAGACUAUACGAUUCCCAGGAUUAGGUCUCAUAGAGCUGUAAAACAUACCUUUUGUACCAAAACUUUUUAUUAUUAUUUACUUUCGUAUUUGUUUUCCCCGUGCCGCAUAAAAAUGCCUGCGCUGCCUUCAAUUGUUGAUAUUAUCAAAUAAACAUAUUUUGCAAAAACUAAA